CGUUUUGCCUCCGGCGUCUUUGCCUUUUGCUACGCCCUAAGCGGCAAUAUGCCCUCGAUCAAGGAUCUGGGGAAGCGGCUCAAGUCGGUCUCGUCCACCUCGAAGAUCACCAAGGCGAUGAAGAUGGUCGCCGCGUCUAAGCUGCGUAAAGCCGAGUCGGAGAUGAUUGCCGCGCGCCCGUUUGCAGCUUCUGUGCAAAACCUCAUGAUGCCGCACAUCGGCAUCAAGGAGGGGGAGGAGGCGCCCGCUUCGGUGAUGAAGCUCGCCAUCUCCUCCGACAAGGGCCUCUGCGGCGGCAUCAACUCCAAAAUCUGCAAGGAGGUCAAGUUGGCGGUGGACGCGCUCGUCCAGCGGGGUGCCGAGUCGUCGCCGCAGCUGCUUAUCGUCGGCAGCAAGGGGCGGGACGGGAUGGCGCGCACGCACAGCGAGUACUACAAGACGACGUUCGACGAGGCGUACGGCGGCGCGAUCACCUUCUCCCUCGCCUCCUUCCUCGCCGAGCAGAUGCUCGCCUCGACCGCCGAGUCCUACACCAUCUGGUACAACAAGUUCCGCUCCGUCAUCAACUUCGAGCCGACCCCCCUCACCAUCAAGGGGCCCGAGGUGCUCGGCGCCUCGGGCGUGUUCGACGAGUUCGAGUUCGAGGGAGAGAAGGAGACGGUGCUCGCCGACAUCUACCAGUUCAACCUCGCCUGCACCAUCUACGGCUGCCUCCUCGAGAACAAGACCUCGGAGGAGGCCUCGCGCAUGACGGCCAUGGACUCGGCCUCCACCAACGCGGCCGACAUGAUAGCGCGCCUCACGCUCAUCUACAACCGGAUGAGACAGGCAAAGGUGACCACCGAGCUCACCGAGAUUGUCGCAGGCGCCGAGGCGGUCUAGGCUGAAAGAGCGGAGCCCACACCCCCUUGGCCUAGCCCACACCAUAUAUCCGAUCGGGCCCAAGACACACCAAAUAUGUGACACAUGCUGUUGUGGGUCCCGUCUGUCUUUUACGUGCGUGUCUAAUUUUUCUCACUAGUGUCGCC